AUGCAACUUUAUCAGUUUAUUACUCUUGUGAGUACUUUAACUUGUCCUUUAUUGACAAAAAGUGAGAUCUCACCAGUUCUUAUAAAUAAAUUCGAAUUAGCUCAUCCUGGCUUUUUAACGCUUCUUCGUACAUGGACAUUAAAUUCAACAUCAUGGGGUUUAUUUAUUUCUUGUUUCAAUGCAAUUCCAGAAACUACAGACUCUGUUUACAGUGUACCUAAUAUAGGACAACAAUUAACAACACAGAUUAUACCAACACGUAUAACCAGUCAAAUAACAUGGCCGAACGGUAUCGUAUCAGCAGAUCCAUUAGUAGAAUAUUCUAUGAUUGUUCCAAGUGGUUUUCUUGUGCCUGGUAAAACUAACGGAAAUCUUUAUUUCAUCUCUGAAACUACUAUAACACCGUUAGUACCAAGUGAUAAAACAAAUUGGUUCUAUCAUGAUGCUGAAUUCAAAGAUAUGGACGGAGAUGGCUUUAUUGACAUAAUAGCGGGACGUGCAAAUGUUCCAUUAAUCGGUGCACCUAGAACUCAAUUAAUUUGGCUGAAAAAUCCAGGAAAUCGAACGAUAACUGGUCCUUGGAAACUUAACUAUUUACUAUCGGAUGGUGGACCAGAAAUUCAAGUACAAUUUGCCAUAGUUGAUUCCUUACAAGUUCUUUUUGCGAAUUCAUUUUUUGAAAGGAAACUUCAAAUGUUUUGGUCUGAUUCAGAUCCAUUUUGGAAUGAUACUACUAAAUUACAUGUACGUCAUAUUGACUAUGAACCACUUCCAUAUGCAUACGUGCAAUUAACCGUAGAUCUUAAUGGUGAUAAUAAACCUGAUCUACUUGUUACUGUCAAUGAUGAAUUUAAUGGUUCACUCAUUGCUUAUGAACUUCCACCUUCAGGUGAAAUUCGUACGGGAAACUUCGUAAAACAUAUUCUUGCAAGUGGAUUUAAACCACUAACACAAGCCAAAGGUCGAGGAGCACCAGGAGAAGGCAUUGCAAUUCAAUUUUAUUCUCUUGCUAUUCGGAAGAAACCAAUUUUAAUAUUGUCUGGUGAUGAUGAUGGUUGUGUCUAUUUGUUAGAAGCGAUUCAUGAUAAUGAUCCAUCGAAUUGGGAAUAUUCAACAACAAUAAUUCAUAAAUCUGAAAAAUCAACGAUUGGUCAAGUUACUGUUGAAGACGUUGACAACGAUGGAUAUCUAGAAAUGUUUGUACCUGCUUAUAAUGAAAACAUAGUAUACAUUUACCGAUUGAUGGAAAAAUAA